UUGACAUGUUCAAAACGAUGAUUUGACGAUAUAUUUUUAGAUAUUUAUUAAAUUAUUAAUGGAAUAUUAUUAUAUUGUAAUUUUUAUCAUUGAUUUUUAAUGAAAAAAUUUUUAAUGAUUAUUAUAUUUUGUUUGUAAAUAAAUUUUUAAAAAUGAUUUAAGUAAUACUGUGUAUUAAAAAUAUGUAGUAUGGUGCAACAUGUAGUAUGGUAUCAGUUGCAGAUUAUUGUAAUAAUUCAAUUUGUAUGCAUUUGUAUUUAAAUAUAAUCGUAAAAUAUUUGAUGUUGAAAGGCGAAAAUAUGAUAAUCGUUAAUUUAUGAUUAUUUAUUUUUACUAAAAUUUUAUUAUAAUUAGAACAAUGCGAAAUUUUUUGGGUGAUAUUGUAAUUUGCAUAUUGCUACUACUUUCAGUGAGUCUUAUAUUUGGAGCUAGCGAAAUUAUUAAAUCUCUUAUGAAUAAUGGAGAAAAUUUUGUAAAAAUUUCCUCAUAUAAUUGGAUUAUUAAAUUGUGUAUAAAUUUACUGAGUUAUGCUACUGUAUUAUUGCCAGGUUGUCUCAUAUAUAAAUAUGUACGUUAUACCAAAUAUAUUCAAAGGGGAGGUAAAGGAUGUAUACCCAAGCUAGUACAUUCAUGUUUUGUGGGACAUUGUGAAACAGGACUAUUGGAUUCAUCUUAUUCAUCCACACCAUCAAAUCAUAAUCAACGUACUUUCACACAAGAUGCUUUAUUACUCUUGUAUUGUUUCUUGGGAUUACAAAUCAGUUAUUUAACAUGGGGUUAUUUACAAGAGAAAAUAAUGACUCAGGAAUAUGAAGAUGUUGCUGGCAACAAAGAUCGUUUUCAAGAUUCACAGUUUUUAGUAUUUGUAAAUCGAAUUCUUGCAUUUCUAAUGUCGGGAUUAUAUUUAAUAAUUCGAAGACAACCACAGCAUAAAGCACCUCUCUACAAAUAUGCAUUUUGUUCUCUAUCAAAUAUUAUGAGCAGUUGGUGUCAAUAUGAAGCUUUAAAAUAUGUCAGUUUUCCAACACAGGUAUUAGCAAAAGCUUCAAAAAUAAUUCCUGUAAUGAUUAUGGGAAAGAUAGUUUCACAUACUACAUAUGAAUAUUAUGAAUAUGUUACAGCUAUACUCAUUUCCAUUGGAAUGACAUUGUUUAUGUUAGAUAGUUCAGAUUAUAAAAACGAUGGAGCUACUACUGUGUCCGGUAUUAUUCUCUUAGGAGGUUAUUUAUUAUUAGAUAGUUUUACAAGUACCUGGCAAAGUGCAUUAUUUGUGGAAUAUGGUGCAACAAGUGUGCAAAUGAUGUGUAUAGUCAAUAUGUUUUCUUGUUUAUUAACUGCAAUGUCUUUAUUUCAACAAUCAAGUUUUCCACUUAUAUUUUCAUUUAUGACAAAGUAUCCUAGGUUUAUUGUGGAUUGCUCACUUAUAUCAAUUUUUUCUGCAAGUGGUCAAUUGUAUAUCUUUUAUACAAUAUCUAAAUUUGGACCAGUAACAUUUGUGAUUAUGAUGACUAUACGACAAGGAUUGGCUAUUUUAUUAUCCUGUCUGGUAUAUCAUCAUCACGUAACAAUUAUCGGCAUUAUUGGAAUUUUACUAGUAUUUGGUUCGGUAUUUUUACGAAUAUAUUGUAAUAAUCGAUUACGUGCAAUCAGAAGACGUAGAGCUGCGGCAAAUAGUAUAAAAGAUUAAUUUUAACAAAAGAUUAAUUUAAAACAAAAAAAUAUAGGUACAAAUUUUAUGAAAUUUUUAAUACUUUUUUUUUUAAACUCAUAUAUAUUCUGUUAAAUAUUUCUAAUUAUA